UUUUUGCUAUGUUCUUCGCAACAUUCAUAGUUCUGGUUCAAGAAUGAAGGAUCUGAUGACUUAGCUGGGAGAAGAGCUAGAAGAUAGCCUUUGCUUCCCUGCAAUUGAUGUACUGCAGAAAAUGCUCCUCACCACUCUAUCUAUCGCUUUACCUGCAUGAUUUCUGAUUAUUACAUCUGCUACUGCAUCUGGUUGGUCCAUACAAUUAUAUUUUCGAAACUUUCUUGGCGGCUUUUGCCAGAUUCAAUUUAGGAAGCCCUGAAUUCCACUCUCUCACCCCAACUUCUAACUUCUAACUUAAAAAAAGAAAGAAAGAAAAGAAGAAGUUCCUGUUUUGUGAUUGCAUUAUUGAGUUGAUGCCACGUAACCAUCCAACACUGGACAUCUCUCUAUUUAAUGGAGAGUAUGGGUUCAGGAUAGGCCACAGCGCAGAGCUAUUUGGUUUCCUCUCCUCCCCAGGCACUCAACUUUUUCCAGACGUUGUUUAUUUUCCAUGGCCGCUGCCUCACUUCUCUCAGCAACUCUAAAAAGGCUGCAAGACAAGGUGGCUCUCAUCACUGGAGCUUCUAGCGGCAUCGGGGAGUGCACUGCCAGACUUUUCUCCAAACACGGUGCUAAAUUAGUGAUUGCAGAUAUUCAGGACGAGUUAGGAAACUCUCUCUGCCAAGAACUGCGGGCAGAUGCCCCUUGCUCCUUCGUCCACUGCGACGUUACCAAAGAAGAAGAUGUCCAAAAUGCUGUUGAUACAGCUGUUUCUAAGUACGGGAAGCUUGAUAUCAUGAUCAAUAAUGCGGGGAUAGUUGGGGUAGCUAAACCCAACAUACUUGAUAAUGAAAAAUCAGAAUUUGAAAAGAUCGUUAGUGUUAAUUUAGUAGGUGUAUUCCUGGGGACUAAGCAUGCAGCUCGAGUAAUGAUCCCCAAUCGCCGAGGGAGUAUAAUUACAACUGCUAGUGUUUGUUCAGUGAUUGGAGGGGUAGCACCUCAUGCUUAUACUAGUUCAAAACAUGGGGUGCUAGGAUUGAUGAGAAAUACUGCUGUGGAGUUGGGACAAUAUGGGAUUCGUGUGAACUGUGUGUCACCGUACUUGGUUGCCACCCCACUGGCAAAGGAUUUCCUCAAGUUGGAUGAAGAUGGAGUUCAUCGGGUUUAUUCUAACCUCAAGGAGGCAGUGCUUAAACCGGAAGAUGUGGCUCAGGCUGCGCUUUACUUAGCAGGUGAUGAGUCCAAGUAUGUGAGUGGCCAUAAUCUGGUAGUGGAUGGGGGAUUCACUGUUGUGAAUCCAGGUUUCUGCAUGUUUCCACAGUCUGUAUAAUGUUUUUGUUUAGUGUUUGUUCAGUGUAGGAAUUAAGAUGAAUAAAAAUCUGGCCAAUCUCUUAUUAAUAAACUUAUACGUCAGGAACAUGCUGUUGGAAAUAGUAAUUUGCAAUAAAUUAAAUUUGUGAAUUGGCUUGUAAAAGGGGAGGUCUCUAUCACAAUUUUUGAACACACUAUUUCAGGGAUAAAA